AUCUUACCGGAAACAUAUGUGCACGAUUUCCGGUCGAACGUCAAUUUAUCAAAUAACAAUGAACAACAAAUAGUGUCGCUUGAGAUGCAGGGUUCAAAUGUUCCCCGAUUUACGUCCUAUUACUUGCGUACCUUGUUCCUUUUGUUGUUAAACGAAUAUUUCCACGACUAUUGUCAACGCAACUGUUGAAGAAUGUGUGACUCUGGAGAAAAUGAUGUGGUCCUUGAAGAUAUAAAAGCGUUAGAGGCGGCAUUAAAUCCAACGACUUCUGGCUUUGUGAAAAGUGAAGUAAACGAAAAUGUGGAUCAUGGCUUGGAACAUAACCAACAUAAACAGCUUACACCGCAGACUGAAAAUAAUCAUUGUACGUCGAUAUUGACUGCGGGUACCGACGAGGAUGCACCCAGCCCGCCUCCAGACGAUGAUGCACCCAGCCCGCCUCCAGACGAUGAUGCACCCAGCCUGCCUCCAGACGAUGAUGCACCCAGCCCGCCUCCAGACGAUGAUGGAACUAACAGUGAUUUCAGCAGUGAUGACAAUGAAAUAGAUUUAUUAGAUCCAGAGACCCCGUUGAAUUUGAACAGAAAAUUAAUAAUCCUUCUACUAAAAGCACAAAAAAAAUUCCGUUUCCUUCUUGACGAGUGUAAGAAACGCCAGGAACUCGUCGAUGAACGUAUACAUCAAAGGACGGUGUAUCCGAUUCCUCGCCUUUUGUUAACAAUCGUUGGGAUGCCUUAUUUCAAAGAUAGAAGAUAUUUCCCAGCACCAAAGAAUCAGGAUGCCAAAUUGAAAGCUCAACGUGGAGAACUGCAAAUUGUUGAACUAUCACCUCCUUUGCGAUGGACUCUGAGAGAUCGGAACAUGUUGUGGGUUGCAAUUUAUACCAAUGCCAAAGUACUAAGAGCAGAAGAACUGAAGAAGAAGAUGGAUGCUGAUGAAUACCUGCAUCCAAUGGAUAUUGAAGAUCCUUUGUCAACAGAUCAUGACAAAAAUAAUAAAGUUAUUUCCACGGAAAUGAUCGAGCAUCUUAAAUGGUUAAUCAAGCAUCUGGGAUCCAAGCGAUUUGACUGGAUGAAAAUAGCAGCCAUUGAUCUUAAUAACCGACAUUCAGCUGCUGAAUGCCGAGCAAUGUGGAAUGUCUUCUUACAUCCUGAUAUAAAUAAAUCUAAAUGGAGAAAGCAAGAAGAUAUUAAAUUGAAAGAGGUGGCAACGAAAUACAAAUAUCAGAAUUGGGAUGUCAUUGCUGCUGAAUUAGGUACAAAACGUAGCGGAUAUCAAUGUUUCAUAAGAUUUAAUUCAAACUACAGAAAUACCAUCUGUACGAAAUGCAGUGCCUGGUCAAAGGAAGAGGAUGAGAAAUUAAUUAAAACAGUGAGUGCCCUGAGGAUUGGAAACAUUAUACCAUGGGGAGAAGUGACCAAAGCCUUUCCUAACCGAAGAAAACAGCAAGUGUACAUGCGCUGGAUUUACAGUCUUGACCCAAACUUGAAAAAAGGUAGAUUCAGUAAAGAAGAAGACCAACUGCUCUUGCAAGGAGUUGAAAAAUAUGGCUUACAUUUUACAAAAAUUGCAAUAUGCCUAAUGCCCCAUAGAACUACAGCGCAAUUAAACGAUCAUUAUAGAACUCUGAUGAAAGGGAAACAGAACUAUUGGACUUAUGCAGAUGAUUCAAAAUUGUUUGAACUGUUCAAAAAAGUAGGCAAUAACUGGUCUUUAAUUGCUAAACAAUUCGUAAAUAAGACCAGAGUUCAACUCAGACACCGUUAUAGUGCCAUUCUUCGAUAUUUACGUCGAGGAUAUAACUUGAGUAACAUGCCUAGGGUUGGACAGGUAAUAGAUAGUUGGACACCUGAAGAAAUGUUAGCUCACGGAACAGAAAGGCUCAAUCAAAUGUCUAAAUUGGUAGCAAAGAACCAAAGUCAUCUAUCUGGAGUUGAUAUUCAACUUAAAAAUUAUUUUAAAGGAGUAUACCCAAAAACAGCAAAACGUGGAAGAAUCAAGAGAUUCUACACACCUGAAGAACUUCAAGCAACAACAGAAAAACUGUAUACACUUCUACGAAUAUUGAAUGCUGAUUUACAAAUUCCGGAUUACUUAGAAACCCAACCAAACUUGACUGAAAAAGAUAAGCAAUUGCUGGUUUCUUUAAAAGAAUACUCUGAUAGAAUGGCAAAUUUAGAAACUUGUUCGCAUCCAAAAUUGAUUGAUGAUUUUAGGAGAAAGAUGUUUGGAUCAGUAGCCUCACAGUCAGAUGCAGAGCAUUUCAUCCCACCGUUACCAUUCUCAGGAGUGUUCCGAAAAUCAAAACUUGUUGCAUCCAAGCAUGUUGGAAUAAAUUACAGCCAUGAAGGGCAAAGAUAUCUCCUUGAAUUGGACAAAGUUAUUGAAACACCUGAAUCUAUUAUAUCUGCGAUUGGUGGCUGGGACCAGGAAAUGGAAUUUCAAAAGAUGUUAAAAAAAUAUAUCCCUGAAACUAAAGAGUCUUCAGGAAAUAUUGGCCUUGAUAUCAAAUUUUCUCCAAUGAUGAUACCCUUCAUUAACAAAUCAGACAUUACCACUUAUGUAAACUACCCAAGUACUUCAAAUAUAGUUUAUAAUGAACAGCCCAGCACUGAAGCACAGAUAUAUAAUUCAAACACAAGUCAAGAAGUCAGAGUCAUUUGCAGAAAGUUGACAAAAUAUUAUCCAGAAAGACUCAUACCACCUAAUUAUAUGACUCUUUUGGGUUUUCGUGGUAUACUUUUAGCUAAACAUACUCUUGAAAGAGUUGAUGAUAGAAUAGUAGAUCGACAUCAACCCAAAGCAUCAAAAAUGACACCUGAAGGUCAAAGAGCCUUGGAGUUUUUUGAAGAAUGCUUUAUAAAACUUUUCAAAUUUCCUAUAGAGUUUUCUGAAGUGGUGCCUCCUGUGUUACACAAAGACAAUAAUGUGCACCUAGAUGAUACUGGAAAUGCAAGUGUUAAUUCUCAAUCAAAACGAAAACGGAGUAGUCGAAACUCUGAUGCAGGUACAGAAUGUAACAGCAGAAAAAAACGUGAAAAAGUGAUUGAAGAAACUUCUGAGACAUGAACAUUUUUGUUCAAUAAAUGUUUCAAAUAUACUAUGUUAUGUUGUUUCAGCAUUAAAAGUAGCUCGAUCGUUCAUCAGUUGUAGUACAACGAAAUAAACAUCUGUUCAAUUUCAACUUUCCAAUUUGUCAUUGUUUAAAAAAUUGGAAUAUUUUUUCAUUUCAAAGCAAUUUGAACAAUAGUUUCUAAACAGAACAAAUAGUUGAUCAACAAUAAAUAAAAUGGAAUCUA